AUGACAACUGCUUCCCAGACAUCUUACAAGACCUUACUGAAAUGGAGUUACAGACAAUCCAGCAAAGACUCCGCGAAGUGGAAGCCAUGUCUGACAAAGACAAGUGGGAAUCAAAUACACACCGAUUUGUUAAAUAAUGGUGAAAUCCCAGACCCGUUUAUUGAUACAAACGAGAGGGAAGUACAGUGGGUUGGAGAAGAAGAUUGGGAAUAUAAAACCGACUUUAAUGGUGGAAUUGGCAAGAAACGAGAAUUAGUAUUCGAAGGACUUGACACUUUUGCUACUAUCUACCUCAAUGAUAAGCAAAUUUUGACUACUGCUAACAUGUUCAGAACUUAUAAAUUUGAUGUGACAGAUUGCCUCCAACAACUGAACGAAUUGAGAAUUGUUUUCAAAAGUGCCUUAAAACAGUCUAGGGCAUUAGAAGAGAAACACGGGAAGCUUACUUGCUUCAAUGGGGAGACUUCAAGAGUGCAUGCUAGAAAAGCCCAGUACCAUUACGGAUGGGAUUGGGGCCCUUUGCUUCUUACAUGUGGCCCAUGGAAACCAGUAAAGCUUGUUACUUACUCGGUUGCUAAAAUAAACGAUUUCUACGUAAAGCCAAGCGUUGAUGAAAACCUACAAGCCGACUUGAGUUUCGAGGUAGAAGUUGAAUCUAUAUCUGAAGAUUGCCAGUUACUGGUUGAAAUUUUUUCACCGACUGGAAAACUCAUAAAAACAAUCAAGGAAUCAGCAAGUAAGUCGAAAACUUAUAGUUUCAAUCUGAUAAAGUUGGAAGACCCAGAAUUAUGGUAUCCAAAGGGUUAUGGAGGGCAACCUUUGUAUAAGUUUGUAGCAAAAUUGCAUCAAUCAGAUCAGAUAUUUGAUUCUGUUGAAUCUGAAGUUGGAAUUAGAAGAGCUAGAUUGGUCCAGGAACCUGUCAAAGGUCAAGAUGGGAGCUCAUUUUACUUCGAAGUUAAUAAUAUUCCUAUCUUCUGUAAUGGCUCAAAUUGGAUCCCAUCACAUUCAUUUUCAUGUUCAUUAACUGAAGAUGAUUAUAUUGAUUUAAUCAGGCUAGCAGAUGAAGGUAACCAAAACAUGAUCCGGGUGUGGGGUGGUGGAUUUUAUGAAAAUGACAUUCUUUAUAAGCAGUGUGAUAGGUUGGGAAUUUUAGUUUGGCAAGACUUUAUGUUUGGAUGUGCCAUCUACCCUGGAUACAAAGAGUUUAUUGACAAUGUCACUCAUGAAGUUACCGAUCAAUUGAAACGAUUGAGAAACUACUGUUCCAUUGUUUUUUACGUAGGAAAUAACGAAGACUACCAGGUUGCAGAAGAUUUAUACAAGAAAAAAACAUUCACUAAUGAAGAGCUCCCUGCAAAAACAUUAUAUGAACAUAUCUUGCCUGAUAUGGUAUCAAAAUUAACCAGUGGAGUUGGUUAUCAAUUUGGGUCGCCCAUCAGUCCUAACAAAGGGGUUCCGACAACAGAUACAACAGAGGGUGAUAUUCAUCAAUGGAAUGUGUGGCACGGAACUCAAGAGAAAUACCAAGAUUGGGGAAAGUUAGUCGGUCGGUUUGUUUCUGAAUUUGGAAUGUUAGCCUUCCCUGAUAUUAAGACACUCAAAGAGUGUAUAACUGAAGAAAAACAAUUAUAUCCCCAGCUGGAAACCAUGGAUCACCAUAAUAAGUCCAUUGGUUUUGAAAGAAGAUUAGCCUUGUAUGUAAUGGAAAAUUUUCUGGUUUCAUCGAUGGCUCUACCAGACUGGAUUUACAUUACACAGUUAAUGCAAUCGGACUGUCUUGCGUAUGCUUACAGAAAUUGGAAGCGUGAAUGGGGCUCUACCAAUGUAAGAAAAUGUGGUGGGGCAUUAGUAUGGCAGAUCAAUGAUUGUUGGCCCGUUACCAGUUGGGCCAUUAUCGACUUUUAUCAUAGACCAAAGUUGGCAUAUUAUGCUAUCAAGAGAGAAUGCCAACCAUUAGUUUUGGGAAUCUACAGAACCGAAACCAGACAGAGACAGCCAGGGGAGCCUGACCUUGAAAAGCAGGCUCCGUUACAUGACUAUGCUCCUCGCGAGUAUACCAUCGAUAUCUGGGGCGUUAAUUCAACAUUGCAGGAGUUCUCGGGGACCCUUGAGGUGGAAAUAUAUCAUUGUGAGACGGGUGAGUUGGUGUUAAAGUUGCCCAAGUCCAAAAUUACCCUAAAACCUAACCAAACUACGGAAUUAGUCACCAAAACCAAGAUUGACUCCAACAAACUUGUAGUGCACGCCAAACUAGUUGACUCCGCUGGCAAGUUGGUCUCAAACACUAGCGAUUGGCCCCAGCCCCUCAAACACAUUUCCUGGCCAAAGCACACCAAGGUUGACGUAUCUAUUCCUGAAAACGGCACUAUAAAGUUGUCCACUAACCACCCUGUAAAAGGUGUCGCAUUAAAUAUCGAAGGUGAUUAUUUCCUUCAUGAUAAUUCCGUCGAUUUAUUGCCCAAUAGCGAUCACUACAUAAAAGUUGAUAAUCUUAAGGUUGAUGACGUCGCUAAAAUCUCGUUAAACUACUUAAAAUAG